AUGCAACAGCUCGAGCAUAUCGCUUGCAAGACACGCAUGCGCAAAGUCAUGCUGACAGUCUUUAGCAACAACCUCGAAGCCAAAGCUUUCUACAAAAGGAUCGGGUGAGUGCUUGCUUCGCGUCCCUGUUCCCCCUCCAUCCGACCGUGCACAAAGCUGACGCAUGACGAGCAGAUACUGGACCGACUCGAUCAGCCCCAAUCAAUGGUCUACAGAGAGCGCGACGUCUUUAGACCAAAAGAGUGACAACGAGACAGAGUACGAUUACGACAUCCUCAGCAAAUCUGUGGUGCCGA